AAGUCUCACCCUCGUCCAUCUCUAAUAGAUCCGGUUCGUCACCCUCGCCUAACGAGCCGCCAAAUCCGAGAACCACCCCUGGCAUUUCUUUUUUAUCUUCUUUACUGCCUUUUUUCCCCAUCAUUGAUUCUUAUCUUAUUUCCUUUUUUUUUUAAACUCGCCUGCUCCCGCAGCUGAACGGCUUCGUCUCGCGUAACUGGCCCGUCAGAUCCAGGUCCGGCUUCGACCCUUCAGCCCUCCAGCUCGACUCGACGACGCCGGAGAGCGCGGACGACGCUCGUUUCGUCAUUACAUGGGUAGUGACAGCCUGCCAGCUCGCGCAAGGAACUCCUCGGCCUCCUCCACCACCAGCGCGGCCGCAGCGCCCUUGCGAAUGCAACCGUCGUCCAAGGCAGCCGCCGCGGCGCCCAAGCUCAACAGCGAGAUGGAGAUGGGCAGCCUGCCCGCGGACGAGGCGCCGCCGGACAACGACAUCAUGCAGCUGGCCCGCAUCGGCGACGUGGCCGGCAUGGAGAAGCUGUUUGCCUCGGGCGAGUACGAUGCCACGUACAGCGACGACGAGGGCAUCACGCCGUUACAUUGGGCCGCCAUCAACAACCAGUACGCCAUGUGCGCGUUCCUCAUCGAGCACGGCGCCGAACUCAACAAAAAGGGCGGCGAGUCGGUGGCCACGCCUCUGCAGUGGGCGGCCCAGCGAUGCCACUACUAUACCGUCAACCUGCUGCUGCAGCGCGGCGCCGAUCCCCUCAUCACCGACUCCCAGGGCUACAACACGCUGCACAUCUCCACCUUCAACGGCAACGUCCUGCUCAUCGUCCUGCUGCUGCACCAGGGCAUCCCCGUCGACGUCCUCGACAGCUACGGCCACACGGCCCUCAUGUGGGCCGCCUACAAGGGCUUCCCGCAGCUCGUCGACGUCUUCCUGCGCUGGGGGGCCAACGUCCACGCCACCGACGAGCAGGGCUUCACGCCGCUGCACUGGGCCCUGGUCAAGGGCAACGCCGCCUGCGUCCUCAAGAUGAUCGAGUACGGCGCCGACCGCUUUGCCAAGACGGACACGGGCAAGACCCCGGCGCUGACGGCCACGGAGCUCAACACCACGGCCGCUUGGCACCGGGCCCUGCGCGAGUGCGGCUACGACGAGGACGGCCAUGUCGCGACGCCCCCCUGGCCCGGCGCGAGUUACUUCCUCAAAGACAAGAAGGCCUUCCUCACCCGUUUCCUGUUCCUGUGGCCCUUUCUGAUGGUGUGGCUGGUGCUGGUAACUCUGUCCAGCUUUCCCGUCUUCAUCGGCCUGCCGCUGGCAGUAGGCGUGGCCUAUGGCCUGCUGUGGGUGGCCAAGCAGGUGCUGGAAUAUGCUCCCUCGGACAUGCGCCAAUUUCACAAGACUCCCUGGAUGGCGGGCAUCUUUGCCGGAUCUCUGUCCCUGGUCGGCAUCAAUUGGCUCUUUUACAUCCUGCCGGCGACCAUAGGAUGGCAAGGCUCAUCGUCCCACCUCCUCCUGAACCUUGCCUUUGCAGCAGCCUUCGGCUUGACCACCUUUUUCUACAUUGCCUCGAUCAGAUACGACCCGGGCUUUGUGCCCAAGAUGAACGGCAUUGCCGAGCAGAGGGCCGUCAUCGACGAGCUGCUCAAGUCGUGGAAGUUUGACGAGUCCAACUUUUGCGUCGUCUGCAUGAUUCGCACGCCAUUGCGAAGCAAGCAUUGUCGCCGAUGCCAGCGAUGCGUGGCCAAGCAUGACCACCACUGUCCGUGGGUGUACAACUGCGUUGGCGUCAACAACCAUCGCCAGUUCUUCUUCUACCUCAUCUUCCUUACCAUUGGAAUUCCGCUCUAUGACUGGCUUUUAUACUACUACUAUGAACAAAUUACACCCUCAGCCUCCGAGUCUUGCACCCUCUUCGGCCCUAACAUCUGCCGAUAUAUCAAUGCUGACUCCUACACGCUCCUCCUCGCCAUGUGGGCAUCUCUUCAGCUGCUAUGGGUCUCCAUGUUGCUAUUCACGCAGUUUAUCCAAGUUUCGCGUGCCAUGACCACGUACGAGAACAUGACGGGCAUUCGAGCCAACACCUCGCUGUCCACUGCCUUUACGUCCACAGGCGCUCCUCUCGACCCCAACCACCCGUCCCUUUCGGCUCCUGCUGCGCCAGCAAGCGGCCACGCGCACGGCCACAAGCACAAGGGCGGUCUGUUAAAGCAGUGGAGCCAGCUGCUGGGAGUCGAUCCCUUCAUCGAGACCAUUACAGGCCGGGGCGCGGCUACGACGAAGAACAAGCGUAAGAAGAAGAACCCCUACAGCAGGGGCUGCAUGACGAACUGCAAGGACUUUUGGUGCGACCCCGCACCCAUCUUUAGCCAGCGCGAGUCGGGAUAUGCGAUGCUCGGUGGCGAUAAGGUCGACUACACGGCAAUGUAUGAGACGCCUGCUCUCAUGAACAUUGCUGGAAUGAGGCGAGGCGGCUACGAGGCUGUGCAAACCGAAGAGGAAGUGUAAACGAGCGAAUACGAGUUGUGUGACCGGUUCAUGGUUGGAGAAAAGCACUCUGAUAACACAUUGUAAUAUGAGGUGGUGACGCCCUGGCUGGGACGGGGGACGGCGGGCUUGGUUUCGUUCUCCUCUCCCCCUUUUGUUCACUUCUUUUCUGUUCUUCCUGGGUUGUACGACGGAGCCAAGGUUUUAUAAAUGCGUGUUGGAGCGGUGUGUUUACAUCUUGGAUCGAGUACAAACUGGGAUGCCGGGUGAUGAAUCACUCGAAUGAAUUACGACGACGACUCGGAUAGAUAUGAAGGAGUGCCGCGUGGCGCUGGGAGGAGGACUCUUGUGUUUGCAUAGCACGGUUGCCGG